AUGGGUAACGAAAAGCCUACCACCGAGAAUGUCGACAACAUCAACACCGACAUGGCGCAGAGGUCGUCGUUCGGGGCGAAAGACGACCCAGAAAAACACACCGAGCAGUCUCUCCUUUAUGAUCCGGCGGUCGAGAGAAAACUGAGGCUAAAGAUUGACCUCAUGAUCGUUCCCACCGUCGCCCUCCUAUACCUCUUCUGCUUCAUUGACCGGGCCAACAUUGGUAACGCUCGUAUCGCCGGUCUCGAGAAGGAUACCGGUAUGAAGGGUCUCGACUACAACGCCACCCUGAGCAUAUUCUACAUCAGCUACAUCCUCUUCGAGAUUCCUGCCAACGUAGUCUGCAAGCUCAUGGGGCCCGGCUGGUUCCUGCCGCUCACCACUCUGCUGUUCGGAAUCUGUUCCAUCGGCACCGCUUUCGUGCACACCGUCCCGCAACUCAUGGGCGUUCGUUUCCUCUUGGGCAUCUUCGAGGCCGGCAUGAUGCCCGGCAUCGCAUACUAUCUGUCGCGCUGGUAUCGCCGCGCCGAGCUCGCAUUCCGUCUCAGCUUGUACAUCGUCAUGGCGCCUUUGGCCGGUGCCUUUGGAGGCCUCCUCGCAUCCGCGAUCCUCCGCAUCGAUCACUUUGGCAUCUUGCACUCCUGGCGCAUGAUAUUCGCCAUCGAAGGAAUCAUCACCAUCUGCCUCGCCCUCUUGGGCUUCUUCACGCUCACUGACCGUCCCGCCACAGCCCGCUGGCUCACACAGGCCGAAAAGGACCUCGCCGAGGCCCGAGUCCGCUCCGAACGCGUCGGCCAAACACACGUCCUCGACAAGAUGGACAUGCGCAAGCUUCGCCGGGGCAUUAUCUGCCCGGUGACCUUGUCCACCUCGUUUGUGUUCCUCUUGAACAACGUCACCGUCCAGGGUCUCGCCUUCUUCCUGCCCACGAUCGUGAAGAACAUCUACUCGACCUCGUCCGUCGAGCGCCAACAGCUCUUCACCGUCCCUCCGUACAUCACGGGUGCUGCCUUCACGCUUCUUCUGCCGCUGCUCAGCUGGCGCCUCGACCGUCGGCAAAUCUUCUUCGUCAUGUCCGCGCCAAUGGCCAUGGCGGGCUACAUCAUGUUCCUCGCCUCCAAGGAUCUCUCGGUGCGCUACGGUGCGACCUUUCUCGUCGCGUCGUCCGUUUUCGCCCUGGGUGCCCUUACCAACGCGCAGGUCUCGGCCAAUGUCGUGUCCGACACGGCACGCAGCUCGGCCAUCGGGAUGAAUGUCAUGUGUGGUAACAUUGGCGGGCUGAUCUCGACCUGGUCGUUCUUGCCGUGGGAUGGCCCGGAUUAUCCGAUAGGAAACGGGCUGAAUUUGGCGACGUGCAGCGUCAUUCUACUGACUUCAACACUGACCCUCAUUUGGAUGAAAAAGGAUAACCGGAGGCGUGAGAGAUUGAAUCUCGAACAGGAGCUCAGCGGGAUGUCUCAAGAAGAAGAAAGCAACUUAGAUUGGAAGCAUCCUUCGUUCAGGUGGAAAGCGUAA